ACUACGGGAAAGGUCUCUUCUGCGCAUGUGCGGCUCCGCCCACGCCGCCAUCCUUUGUCUGGAAAUUCCGGAUGCUGCGGACGCCUCAGCGCUGCUCCGCAGAUCCUGCCAGUGGAUUGUGCGUCCCUGAAGCUAUGCUGUCAGAGUGUGCUAUGGGUUUACAAGAGCAACAAAAGGUGGAUAAACCUCUGGAGUUGGUGUCAUUUGAGGAUGUGGCUGUGGACUUCACCUGGGAGGAGUGGCAGGAUCUGAAUGAUGCUCAGAAGACUUUGUACAGGGAUGUGAUGCUGGAGACCUACAGCAACCUGGCAUCACUGAGUGAGUAA